GUUGCAUCCAACCAACUUGAACAUCAUUGAUACUCGACAAACGUCACUAUUCUGCGCCCUGAUACGCGCAAGCGGGGAGAAAAACAGUUAUGGUGGAAUGUAAUGAGGAUUCAGUUGUCAAAGUUCUGGCUCCAUCUUUAAAAUCGUAAGCUAUGCUCCACCGUUAGCAUCCAUGUUUACUUCUGCAAACACUGAGCACUAAAUCUUCUUUUUAUGGCGGUUGGCAAAACGCUGAGCACACUAUUCUACUGCGCCUGCGGGAUACUUUCAGGCCUAACUGCAGCACCAUUUAGCCCCGUCCUGGGCAAUGUUGCCUAAAUGAUCAAAAAUUGACAAAACUACUCAUAUCACAAAAGUUUAAACAAUAAUAGCUUCUUCCAAAGGUCAUACUACCAUAUUUUAAAGUUUUGGUAGCAAAUGUGCUUUUCCGCGUAUGUAUAAGUUACCAAUUUCCAGUCACUAUUUAUAAGUUGCCCUUUGUAUCCACUAACGUUAUGUAACAUUUUUCCAGAGGUCAUGCUUCAGGUCAUUAUCACUCCAUUUGUUCCAUUAAAAUGCUCAAAUGAAAUUAAAUAUUUUUAUUCCAGAAAGUAAGUGCACACCCGCAACAAGAGAGACCCCAUGUUGCUGAAGAGACCCCCUCUCUAGUCUGCAGGUGUUGUAGGCAACAGGUGCGCCAAACCCCGAGCCACGUCUCAGCCAAUCACAAUCCAGAGUCCAGAUCCGGUGAGAGCAUGGCCGCUUUUCAGGCUUAUAUCUGCGAGCAGAGGCUCCUCACGGCUCAAUGUGCCGCCGCUGCAGCAGCUUUAAACUUGUAUCCCAGGCUGAAGGAAGUUUUAAGAUGAAGUCCGUCGUCCUGCUGCUUCUUUCCCUCUCCUGCUGUCCGGGUUCGGUUGGUUCCGCUUCGGCUGUGGAGGACGCGUACGACGCUGUCGUCAGCGUCGUGUCUCCGGGCCAGCGCUCUCUGACCGGGGAGUCCCUUCGCUCCCUGUUUAAUACCCUGCAGAAUCGUGUGCAGUGCGGCGAGGUGCCGUGUGGAAAGUGUGACCUGGCAGGUUCUGUUCAUCAACUCAUCGGGAAUCACUCUGUCCAUGGGAGGGAAGAAAGCGGAAACGUUGAGGAAAACGUAACGGUCAGCGUGUCUCAGUUCCCGGCUCUCGCUGCAGGCAGCGUCCUGUACCUCUCCUCGCCGGGCUUGGUCUGUACGGCCGUGGGUCAGGGGAAGUGGGCAGAGGAGACGGACCUAUUCCUGCACAAACACACACACUCUGACCACCGCUCACACACUCACAUCGGUGUUGGUGGACUUGAGGGUGUGAUUCAGGACCUGCAGAACCACUAUGAGCCAUCAAAUAAUAAGAGCUGUGUAGCGGCCAGCAGCAUCAUGGAGGAAGUGGACCCGUUGUUUCCAGACCAGAAACAGGAAGUGGGUGCGGUGUUGGGGCGUGUCCUGUACUAUGCCCUGCUUGGUUACUGCUUCAGUGGUCAGUCCCUGCCUGAAGAGAACUUCUUUCUGGAUUAUAUCAUAACCCAACUUGGUUCAGAAAAUUUCACUGUCCAUGAUUUGGAGGUUCUCAUGACGAACCUGAAUAUUGGUUCAGAGGACGACCAUGACCAUAUCGACGACACUGGUCAUCAUCGAAGGAAGCAGAGCGGGCCUAAAAGUAACAGCUGGCAGCAUCACUGUUUCACAGCUGACGAACUGAUCCAGAUCUACAAACUUACUGAGGAAAGUUCUGGCAUGGGUCGAUCUGGCAUUGCAAAGCUCAGUCCUGCUCUGGUCCAGCAGAUCCUGAGUGGAACGUGCUCCAACGUGCCAGAACCAGUGACCCCCGAGGGGCUCUCCACCACUGACAAAUAUCUUUAUGCAACCGUUGCCAAUGUCAUCAUAACCCUCAUUGCCAUGCUUGGCAUCGUGAUGCUGCUGUGUACAUCAUGUACCAACCUUUUCCAGAUGUGUGUCCAGUUCUGCAUCAGCAUGGCUGUCGGUGCUCUGACUGGAGAUGCCCUGCUGCACCUCAUACCAAUGAUUCUUGGUAUACACGUUCACACAGAGGACGGUAGUGACUCUCAUCAGCUUUCAAACGACGAUCACGUAGAAACCCCAGACUACAAGUACAAAAUGCUGACGGUGGUUGGAGGGGUCUAUGUAUUUUACCUGAUGGAAACCAUCUUCUCAAUGGUCACGAAUGAAACUGAACACCAUCAUGAUAAGGGGGACGAAUCAAACCCUCACCACUGCGAUCAUGUUGGGGUUUUAGAGAUGUACCAACAGGAAAAGAAACAAAAAGAGAAGUCUCAGUCUGCAUCCAAGGCAGAUCUGAUUGAUGAUGAUGAAGACAAAGAAGAAAAGUAUGAUUCAGAGCAGAAAAAGCAGAGAAGAGAAAAGCGCCUGCUGCCUUACAUGAUAACCAUUGGUGACGGGAUACACAACUUUGCAGACGGAUUAGCGAUAGGCGCUGCUUUCUCCAUGUCAUGGAAGUCCGGUCUGGCCACAUCAGUGGCGGUGCUCUGCCACGAACUCCCUCAUGAACUCGGGGAUUUUGCCAUCCUGCUCCACAGCGGCUUGUCUGUCCAAAAGGCGAUGCUUUUAAACGUGGGCAGCGCCCUGACCUCUUUUAUAGGCCUGUAUAUCUCUCUGUCUAUAGCCACUGACCUUGCAACCCAGCAGUGGAUAGGUGCAAUAGCUGCAGGGCUCUUUCUCUAUAUUGGACUGGCUGAUAUGCUCCCAACGUUGGUCCACGUCAGCAGCAAGAGGCCGUGGCAGACGUUUCUGCUGCAGAACGCCGGCAUUCUAACCGGCUGGAUUAUGCUGCUGCUGCUGUCACUUUACGAGGACAAGAUUAGCUUUUAAUAGUUUUAAUUCUAUUAAACAAGCCUUUCCUAAUGGCUCAUCUUUUCCCUGGAAACAUUGUAAACCCUUUAAACGAAAAAAAUCUAAAUUAAUGUUUGAGUAUUUCCUCAAAGUUGUCUAAAUGUAAAUUUAAAGCGCCCCCAGAAAGUCUUGUCCCUGAGUUAGUUUAGCUCUUUACAUCCUUUACUGCAGUCCUUUGGGUACUCUGGAUCCUCUGCAUAUCUUGUCCUACGACUGUAACGAUAUUUUGGAUCUUGAAUGCAUUAAUCAUCUCUGAUUGCACAUGCAGAGACAUGCACACAGAACACUGUAAAGUAAUGUCACUGUGCAAACUGAGCUGUUCGCUCUAUUGAAACCGCUCUCACAUGCAACAUUAUGCAAUCUAAUAAAAUACAGAUAAGAGUUUUUUAUCCAGUAUAACAGACACUGAUUAUGGAGAAGAAACCUCCCUUAUUUAUAGGAGGAUUCCACAGAUUGCAAGGAAAUAAAAAAGCGUACUAGCCAUGAUGCACAUGUUGUAUCAAAUAGAAAGAGCUAAAUACUGAUGUGCUUCAAAUGAAAUGAGGUUUAAUAAAUUUAAAACUUGGAGAUCAUACACAGGGAAGUCCCAAUAUGGAGUAAAUAAAAAACUUGAAUCCAAAUACCAAAUGAAAGGUUGUGUGGCCAUGUGAACACUCCAUUGAAACUACCAUAACAUGGAACAGACUGGAGAUGUUUUUUCAGAGUUUUUAUCAAAUAAAAUGUUACUGAACUCUAUCAAAUGUGACCGAAUACGAUUUACACUCAUUUUUAAAAUACAAAAUAUUUAAAUGAAUAUAAAUGUCUUUUGAUGCUGUUUUUUUUUUUUUGUCUUUGCUGCUUAAUUUAUGUUUUCCUAACUUUUCAGUGGCACAUUUUGAUGUACUUUUCUUUGCUAAAUGGCUGCUGACAAAGACACUGACUUUGCUUUGGAUUUUCUGUUUUUAUCCAAAGCCAAUUAUUGUUUCUGUAGCUUUUUUUUUUUUUACAUGAAUAAGUUAAUUAUUUUUAUGAACAAAUGAUGAACAUAUAUGUGUUUGUUAAUGGGAAAAUUAUGUAUCUUUUUGUAUACCACUUUCUUUCUCUGUAACGAACAGACGAACCACUGGUGCUAUACGAAUAAACUGAUCUGAAUUGA